AUGGGUUCGAACUCAAAGUUAAAGUAUGCCAAUGCAUGCAACAAAGAUAGAAUCAGUGCAUUACCAGAUGAAAUUAUCUGCAACAUUCUUUCCACCCUGUCAACUAAAGAAGCUGUAAGGACCAGUAUUAUAUCACCGAGAUGGAGGAAUGUGUGGGCUCAUGUUCCCACUCUAGACCUUUGUGAUAAGCAUUAUCAAAGAGAAUUUAACCCAGUUGGUUUUUCUGAGUUUGUCGAUCGUGCACUCUGCAUUCAUAGCCCGUUCAACAAUCAUGAAUUCCGUCUCUCUAGUGCUUUUGCUGAGUUUGUGGAUCGUGCACUCUCCAUUCGUGGCACGUCCAAAAUUCACAGACUCCGUCUUUGUUGCUCUGGGGUGAAGAAUUAUCCUCUUAUUGAUGCUUGGAUAAGGACUGCCAUUAGGCUUAAUGUUGUUGAACUCGAACUUGUUCUGUAUUCUUUUGGCCGCCCUUUUGAGUUGGCUAGAAAUCUUUUCACGUGCAAAACGCUGGUCGUUUUGAAGCUUUUGCUGGAAUCAAAUAUUACCUUCACUCCUACCUCAGAUUGUUUCCCAAGUCUUAAGUUCUUCCAUGCUAAAGUCUAUGAUCCUGAUGCUGACUCAAUGGAGAAGCUCUUUUCUUCUUGCCCUGCACUUGAAGAAUUGAUCAUAGGAGGAGAUAUUGUAGCUAGUAAAGUUUUGAAUUUUAAUAUCUCAACACCUGAACUAAACAGACUGAAAAUAUUCUUGGCGGAAGACGACUUUUGGGAAGGAUCUGAGUCAAAUAUCUUUUUCAAUGUUAAUGCUCCAAACCUUGAAAAGUUUGAUCUCGAGGCGGAUUUUGUAGCAAACUAUAUUUUGAAUGCAAAUUCACUCAGCGAAGCCAAGAUUGAUCUCGAAUAUGUGCACACGUCUGGGUACAUUGACUAUGAACUUGGUUGUGUUGAUCGUCUGGAAAGGCUUUUUGCAGGACUUCUCAAUGUGAAAUAUCUGUCACUUUCAGCUCCACUUUUCGGGGAUCCUGAAUGUCACACUGAAGAUGGUUUUCAUCUGCCUGAACUGAAUCGUUUGAACCAUUUGGAGCUACUUCUUUUUACUUGCUGCAAUUGGAAAUCACUCAUAGAUUUGCUCAAGAUAUCGCCCCAUCUGGAACAUCUUGAUGUUUAUAAUAACAAGGAAUGUACGUUGGAAAAUUAUCGUGAUCUCUUGGUAUGUGAAUGGGUUCCACCUGAGUUUGUGCCUAUUUGUUUGUUGUCGCACAUCAAGACUAUUUGCCUUCGAGGAAUCCAGGGCCGGCCUGAUGAGACAGAAGUGACAAAGUACUUGUUGAAGCAUGGCGAAGUCCUGAAUAAGGUCACGAUUUAUACGUGCGACUUCCGCGUAGAAGACAAGCUGAAACUACGUCAGGAAAUUUCAAUGUUUUCAAAGGGUUCGACGACUUGUCAAAUUGAAUUCCUGGAGAAAUGA